AUGUCUCUCAAGAAAAUAUCACUAUUGUCUCUCUUUACUCUCUGCUUGAUAUCUGCACAGGCCGCGAGAUUUGACAUCGUCAACCAAUGCUCUUACACUGUCUGGCCAGCUGCCACUCCAAGCGGCGGCGGUAGGCAGUUAAACUCAGGCCAAACAUGGAGUAUAGACAUCCCAGCUGGAACCUCAGCGGGAAGAGUUUGGGGUCGAACUGGUUGCAGUUUUGAUGGCUCGGGUCGUGGUAGUUGUCAAACUGGUGACUGCGGUGGUGCCCUAAGUUGCAGCUUAUCCGGUAAAUCUCCAGUCACAUAUGCCGAAUUUACCCUUAACGCUGGAAACAACCAGGAUUACUUUGAUAUAUCUGUGAUUGACGGAUUCAACAUUCCAUUGCAAUUUGCUCCAACCUCUAACGGAUGCAACAAAGUACUAACAUGCCAACAAUAUUCAUGCCCCGAUGCUUAUCAGUUUCCCAGUGAUGGUACUAAACUAGUUUCAUGCCCAGGUGGUACCAACUAUAGAGUUGUCUUCUGCCCUUGA